AUGGGGCCCCCGGGCAAUAGGGGAUCAUGGGGCCUCUGUGUCCUUGCCCAAACUCAAAAAAGCCUAUGAAAAAGGUACCGGGGCAUCUCAUGGGGCCCCCUACUGACCCCGGGUGCUCGGGCAGUGCCCAAGUUUCUAAAUGGUCAGUCCACCCCUGGGCUCUGUAUUGAAUAAAGGUAUUCUCACUGAUAAUGCUUUGCUGAUCUUGUAGUCUUCACCUUUUUUUUGUAAAGAAAUUAUUUUCUUUCUCAGGUCUUGUGACAUUUCUCUUCCAUAUUGGAAGCAUGACAGCAUGAAAUGAGAAGGGGUUUUCUUUGUUA